AUGGGCAUUUUCAUUCCGAAGGAUAAACUUCAAAACUUGAAGCUUUACAAAUACUCAUCCGAGGAUCAUUCUCUUGUGUCACGCUAUGUCUUGAAAAGAUGGUGGAAUUCGUUUGUUAAAGUCUUCCCAAUGAGCAUGGCUCCCAAUGUCAUAACACUUCUCGGGUUUUUUUUUGUGCUUGCAAAUCUAUUGUGUGUCUUCUACUACGACCCAUACUUGAACACGGACUCUCCACGCUGGUGUUACUUUUUUUAUGCGUUUGGUCUCUUCAUGUAUCAGACAUUCGACGGCUGUGACGGAUGCCAUGCUAGAAGAACGGGCCAAAGCGGACCAUUGGGUGAGCUCUUUGAUCAUUCCAUAGAUGCUAUAAACACCUCGCUUAGCUGCUUCAUUUUUGCGUCCGUGUUCCAAUUGGGCUAUGGGUACUUAUUAUUCAUUGCACAGUUGGCGGCUGUAUGCAACUUCUACACCUCUACGUGGGAAGAAUACCACACGCACACGCUCUACUUGUCGCUGUUCAGUGGCCCAGUGGAAGGGAUUUUGAUUCUCUGCACUUUAUUUAUCUUGACGGGAAUUCUUGGCCCUGGAAUCUGGAAGUACGAUCUCUUUACAUUGAACUUGACCUCCUUGGGGCUUGACUUGGGCAUAUACAACAUAAACACAACCAUGAUCUCGUCUGUGUUUGGUUUGGUUCAAGUGUACUUUAAUAUCUCGUCCACCAUGAAAAAUGUGGCAAAUUACUACAAGUCCAACACCAAUGUUGCUCGUACAGAAGUGAAGAGGAGCAUUUCCAACGCUUACAAAGGCUUGAUCCCCUUCUUUGUUUAUUACGCAUCGAUUUUUGUUCUUUUAUGUGCAUUCCCCGAAAUCGUCACUACUUUUGGAUUUCCUCUUGUGAUCUCCAUCGGGUCCAGUAUAGCAUUCUGUGUUGGGCGCAUUAUCGUGGCACACUUGACAAUUCAGAAUUUCCCCCAUAGACAAGUGCCCAUGGCGAUACCACUUAUCCAGUUGGUGAUCGCCAAGUAUUUAAUUUCUGUCAAUGGCUACGACAGAUACCACACCCUUUCUGCAGUCAUUUGGACCGGUGCAGGUGUUACCUUAGGUAUCCAUGGCAUGUUCGUUGCUGAAGUCAUCAUGGAAAUCACGUCGUACUUGGAUAUAUACGCCUUGACCAUCAAGCACAAAAAGGUUUGA